AUGCCUUUUCCAAGUUCCGACCCACCACCAGAGUCUAAUGCUUCUCACAGCCUGAUUCCCUCCCUCCCCCCACUAACCCCUCCCCCUCCCCCCACCACCCCCCGUUUCCCCCCCCCCCCCCCCCCCCCCCUCUCCUCCCCCGCUCAUCACCAAUCCCUCGCAUCUCUCCCUGCCCAACUGCCCCAGUCCCUCACAUCUCCCCCUGCCCAACUGCCCCAGUCCCUCGCAUCUCCCCCUGCCCAACCAGCUCCCCCAGUCCCUCGCAUCUCUCCCUGCCCAACUGCCCCAGUCCCUCACAUCUCCCCCUGCCCAACUGCCCCAGUCCCUCGCAUCUCCCCCUGCCCAACUCCCCCAGUCCCUCGCUCGCACCUCUCCCUGCCCAACUCCCAUAAUACCUCAUGA